UUUUACUUGCGCGUGGCUAGACCAUGUAUUUGUUAGAUCAUGAGAAAAAUGAGAAGUUUGAUUGAUUAAUAGUGAACACUGAUUUUUUAUUUUUAAAUAUUGAGUUAACGUCAGAUAUGGAGGAAAACGGAAUUCUGAACGAGCAUGAAGAAAAUACAGAGAAGGUCACUUGGCAAGAUUUGGGAAUAGUGGAUUCUCUCUGUGAAGCAUGUGUCGAGUUGAAAUGGGAGCAUCCUACGAAAAUCCAGCGCGAAGCUAUUCCUCUUACAAUUCAAGGCAAGGAUAUAAUAGGUUUAGCUGAAACAGGAUCUGGUAAAACUGCAGCAUUCGCGCUUCCAAUUCUGCAGUCUCUUUUGGAAACCCCUCAAAGAUAUUUUGCAUUAGUCCUAACACCAACUAGAGAAUUGGCAUUUCAAAUUUCUGAACAAUUUGAAGCUUUGGGAGCCAGUAUUGGAAUAAAAUGUGCCGUGAUAGUGGGAGGAAUGGACAUGGUUUCGCAAGCGUUGCUAUUGGCUAAAAAACCUCAUAUCAUUAUUGCCACUCCGGGUCGUUUAGUUGAUCAUUUGGAAAACACUAAAGGAUUCAACUUGCGUUCACUCAAGUUUUUAGUGAUGGAUGAAGCAGAUCGAAUACUUAAUAUGGAUUUUGAAGUAGAAGUUGACAAGAUUCUAAGGGUUAUUCCCAAGGAUAGGAGAACACUUUUGUUUUCUGCAACAAUGACAAAGAAAGUUAACAAAUUACAAAGAGCGUCUCUGAAGAAUCCUGUAAAAGUCGAAGUUUCUACCAAGUAUCAAACCGUGGAGAAGUUGCAACAAUAUUAUAUAUUUAUUCCUGUUAAGUUUAAGGACAUUUACCUCGUUCACAUUCUCAACGACUUGGCAGGAAAUAGUUUCAUGGUGUUCUGCUCUACUUGUAAUAAUACAAUGAGAACUGCGUUACUCCUGCGAAAUUUGGGAUUUACUGCAGUACCUUUACAUGGCCAGAUGUCUCAGAAUAAAAGAAUAGCCGCUCUUACUAAAUUUAAAGCAAAGAAUAGAUCAGUUCUGAUUUCAACAGACGUUGCUAGCAGAGGUUUAGAUAUUCCUCAUGUGGACAUUGUGAUUAAUUUCGACAUUCCCACUCACAGUAAAGAUUACAUACACAGAGUCGGUAGAACUGCUCGAGCAGGACGUUCAGGGCGUUCUAUUACAUUCGUGACUCAGUAUGAUGUGGAAUUAUACCAACGAAUAGAGCAGCUAAUUUCAAAACAACUUCCUCUCUUCUCUACCGAAGAGGACGAAGUAAUGUCGCUUCAGGAAAGAGUAGCAGAAGCACAGCGAAUAGUGAAAACGCAACUGAAAGAUAUGGAAGAGAGUAAAAAGGGCGGAAAGAGGAAGAAGAACCAAGAUGAUGACGAGGAUGACGAUACAGAACAAUCAUUCGGAGUCAGGAAGCGGUUGAAAGGUAAUAAAGGAAACGGAUUUGGAAAAGGUAAAAAGAGUUGAAAAUGUAAUGACGGUAUUAAUUAAAAUAUCGUUUAGCACAAAUCAGUGUCAUUUAGAGAAUCACCAAUCAUCUUAUCAUGAAAAAUAUGCAAUUCCUUGCAUACUAUAUUUGUAAAUUGUUCUUUAACUCUUUAUUUCCAAUAAAUACAAAUCACACAAAAUGUCUCUAAAA